ACCCUAUUCCCCUAACCCUAAAGCGCUAAACCCUUGUGAAUUCAAAGCUCUUGGAAGUUGAAACCAAGACACCGGUGUGCCCCGAGUCACCCAUUCCUCGGCUUUCCCAGUUACCCAUCGCCGCCUCCCUCCCCUCCGGCUCGCCGCUGUCCACUCCUUGCUCGUCCUCCUUCCGUCAGCUGAUUUUUUGGUUGUCAGCUCGCCGUUUACGUCAGCUCUAAAGCCCAGUCCGGAUGGCAACUCAAGGAGGAAACUUGAAGUCCACCUCCAUCAAUGGAGUAAAGGUGUACAGCAUCUCCCAACGCAAUCUUCCAACUUGGCUAAACCCUAAGAAGAAACGAGCUCUUCGCAAAGACCCUCAUUAUCAGCAGAGAGUGGAGUUGGUUCAGGAUCUGAGGUUUGAAACUGCUACAUCCCGAAUCAAGAUAACACCUAAUGAAGAGUAUGUUAUCGCUUCAGGAAUAUACCCCCCGCAAGUCAAAGUUUAUGAGUUAAGAGAGCUAUCCAUGAAGUUUGAAAGGCACUUCGACUCUGAGAUAAUUGAUUUUCAGAUAUUGGAUGACGACUAUUCAAAGCUUGCAUUUCUUUGUGCCGAUCGUUCUGUUUGCCUACAUGCAAAGUAUGGAAAGCAUUACACUUUGCGGAUUCCCAGGAUGGGUAGAGAUAUUGAAUAUGACUGCUGGUCAUGUGACUUGUUUUGUGCUGCUUCGUCACCAGAUUUGUAUCGUAUUAAUUUAGAGAAGGGACAAUUUCUCAAGUCUUUUAACACUCGAUCGCCAGCUCUAAAUGUAGUUUCACGCAGCAAGGUUCAUGGACUUGUUGCUUGUGGUGGUGAGGAUGGUGCUGUUGAAUGUUUUGACCCAAGAGUGGAGUCUUCAGUUGGCAGAAUUGAUGCUGUUGCACCUUCUGGUGAUACAAACCAGGAGGUAACUGCACUGGAGUUUGAUGGAGAUGGUGGUUUCUUGAUGGCUGUUGGAAGUAGUGGUGGAAAGGUAUUGUUGUAUGACCUGCGUUCAUCAAAUCCCAUACGAAUUAAGGAUCAUCUGUAUGGCAGUCCGAUAUUGGACAUCAAGUGGCACAGUUCUCUUAAUUCUGAGGGGCGCAAAUUAAUUACUACAGACAGCCAUAUUGUUAGAAUAUGGGAUCCUGAGACGGGUGAGGGAAUGACCAGUAUAGAGCCCAAUGGCGGAGCAAUAAAUGAUAUCUGCAUUUUCAGUAACAGUGGUCUCAUGUUGCUGGCUUUGGAUGGAAGCCAUAUACCAUCAUAUUUCAUACCUUCUCUUGGGCCUGCUCCCAAGUGGAUUGCUAGCUUGGAGAAUCUAACGGAAGAGCUGGAGGAGAAUGCUCAAACCACUGUAUAUGACAAUUUCAAAUUCUUGACGAAAGAGGAUCUCGAAAGAUUAAACAUGACAAAAUAUAUCGGCACUAAUCAUCUAAGAGCAUACAUGCAUGGCUUCUUUGUGGACUACCGCCUGUAUCAGAGGGAGAAGGCUAAAGCUGAUCCUUUUGAAUAUGAAGCUUACAUAGAGAAGCGUAAACAAGAGAAGCUUGAGGAGCAACGUGCCUCUCGAAUUACGAUUGCCAAGAAGCUGCCCAAAGUUAACCGAAGCUUGGCAGCUAGUAUCCUUGAAAAGGAAACUGAAAAUGAAAGAAAAGACGCAGAAGCAGUUGAAAACAAAAAGGGAUCCAAGAAAAAUAAAGGACUUGGUACUGACAUAUUCCAUGACGAGCGAUUCGGUGGAAUGUUUGAAAAUAAGGAGUAUGAAAUUGAUGAGACGUCACAAGAGUACUUGGCUCUACAUCCAGUGGCUGCCACAACGAAGCAGCCAUCAUCACUAGCGGAAUAUUUUGAACCCAUAGCAGAGGAAGACGAAGACCAGGAUCAGGAUUUUAGCAGUUCUGAUGAUGAUAUCAAAGGGAAAUCACGAGUUCCUAGAUUAUAUGAAGUGAAGGACGAAAGACAUGCAGAGGCAUUCAGGAAUUCCGUGUCACUUGCUGAAGAGGAUUCCCUUCCCAUCGGAGAAAGGCUUGCCUCUCUUGGUGACGUUGGCCGUGAUUCUGGCAUUGACCGGAAAAAAGUGAAGUUUGGGCCAGGUGGGUCACGAGAGAUUUCAUUCAUUUCAAGAAGCUCAGGCAGGUUUAAUAGAGAAGAUAAAGAGGACCACCAAGAAGGAGGCGGUAGGAAUGGAAGGAAGAGAGGGGUUGAGGCUUUGGGACUGAAGAAAGAUAGAUCAGCAGGUUUCAGAGGACGUGGAAGAGGGAGCAGAGGACGUGGAAGAGGCAGACGGUGAAAUUGCGUCUUGCGUUCUGGAACCAAUGCAAAUGUACGAAGUCGGAGCAAGCUGUGUGUAAUCGUCCUUGGUGCGGUCUACUACAUCUUGAUAAGGUGUGUUGGAUUGGAGCCCAAGGCAACAGAAGAGCAAAGGAGGGUUGGAGGCCAUCGGUUGGUGCUGGUUUUUAUGAUCAACUCUGGGGUGAAGAAGAGCAGCACCACUGGUCUGGUAGGAACAAGUUUUGUGAGUGAGAAUGAAGAGCUACUGAAUUCUAGUGUAUUUUAUCGAUAUGAGGUAUAAGUAUGGGUAGUUUCUUUCUCCUUUUUUGUAUGGUGAGGAUAAAGUUGUGGACUUCUGCACAUUACUAGGCCUAUUGCUAUGUAGGGAAAAUCUAAAAAAUUUUCCUCAAAAAAUAGUAAUAGCGAGAUGCAAGGUUGUUAACCCGUGAGUGAACCUACUGGUCCAACUAAAUCCGCCCGGAAUGCUGACACACACUUGGGCCAGCCACCCGUUAAUGAUUUCAGUCGAAUUUGGUCAAACAAGAUCAAACCCGGCAAAAAUCGCUAGUCUCGGUUGGUUGACCCGUUGAAUUAAUCUUGGGCGGUGAGUUUGGAGUUG